GGCCCCAUUUCAUGUCUUUUAUUGCCUUAUAAAAGUUAAAAAAUAAAGGCCAUAAUUGUGCCAAUCCAAGGGUAAUUUUGUCAAAUUCACACACAUUCUAAUCAAAGUAAAUCUUGAGUUAUUAUACAAACAAAUAAAGAUUGUUUCAUGAAGUUAUGAGUGUGUUUUUGUAUAAUAUAAGAUAUUAAUAAAGAUCAUUAUUUAAAUCUCUCCCUCUAAAAUUAAAGCUUCCAAUCACUCUUUCCACUUCUUUAGCUUCCAUCUAGAAUUAGUGAUAAAGCUUCAAUCUUUACCAAAAACUAUCAAAAACCCACCAUGGAAACAGCCAGAAGAACUUCAUAUGCAUCCAUUUUCUUCAUCUUUCUCACUCUUUCUUGUGUUCUUGACCCGACCCGUUUAGUUCAAGCAUCGGGUCAAGACAACCAGCAGCAACCCAUCAAGAGGAUUGUAGUGUUGGUUCUUGAAAACAGAUCUUUUGAUCACAUGAUAGGGUGGAUGAAGAAAUCAAUCAACCCAAUAAUCAAUGGUGUCACAGGUAACGAAUGCAACCCAUUUUCAACCAACUUGACCCGGAAAAAUACCCAACAAACACCACAAGAAUCAUCCAUCUGUUUCACUGACGAUGCCCACUAUGUGGAUCCGGAUCCGGGUCAUUCUUUUGAAGAUGUGGAGAAACAGGUAUUUGGGUCCAACCCAUUUCCUUCAAUGACUGGUUUUGUUGAACAAGCAUUAUCAGUUUCAACAAACCUUUCCGAGACUGUUAUGAAAGGUUUCAAGCCUGAAAAUGUGCCAAUUUUUGCUAAAUUGGUUCAGGAGUUUGCAGUUUUUGAUAGAUGGUUUUCAUCUAUUCCGGGUCCAACCCAGCCCAAUAGAUUAUUUGUUUAUUCAGCCACUUCUCAUGGGUCAACAAGCCAUGUGAAAAAACAGUUAGCAAAAGGGUAUCCACAAAAAACAAUCUUUGAUUCACUUCAUGAGAAUGGUAAAGAUUGGGGGGUGUAUUUUCAAAACAUACCCACAACUUUGUUUUAUAGAAAUAUGAGGAAGUUGAAAUAUGUGUUCAAGUUCCAUCAAUAUAGCACCUUUAAACAACAUGCUAAACAAGGUAAAUUACCAAACUUGAGUGUGAUUGAACCAAGGUAUUUUGACAUAAAGGGGUUUCCUGCAAAUGAUGAUCAUCCAUCACAUGAUGUGGCAAAUGGGCAGAAGUUAGUGAAGGAAAUUUAUGAGACAUUGAGAGCAAGUCCUCAAUGGAAUGAGAGUCUUUUGGUGAUUACUUAUGAUGAACAUGGGGGGUUCUUUGAUCAUGUCAAGACUCCUUAUGUUAAUGUUCCUAGCCCCGAUGGGAACACGGGUCCAGCUCCGUCGUUCUUUAAGUUCGAUCGGUUGGGUGUUCGGGUUCCUACCAUAAUGGUCUCUCCUUGGAUCAAGAAAGGCACAGGUAAAAUGCAAGAUAAAUAUAACAUGUCAAUGAAUAUGAACAGGGAUUAAAGUUGCAUCUAGAUUACUCGGGGAUGCCUAGAAAUCGAAAAGGCUCAUCACGUGGUGGUGGUCUGGAACAUGCUCAUGCGGAUGCAUGGGCAUCGGCAUACAGUUCGGUUGCAGCCGGAGCUGCAUUAGUUGCUGGUUUAGGUGUACUAGCCUUCUUAAGAAGAGCUGGCAAUUGACACCUUGUGUUCCUUAAUAACCCUUAAAAGGGUGACACGUGUCACAGCGAACAUUUGAGUUAAAAGACUCGAAAACAUUGAUAAUGUCGAAAAUUUUACUAGUAUACAUGAAAAAACAAAAACAAGAAUGUUGUUUGAGUUGCUCUCUACUUGAGAGUUGAGAGUGUGUAUUGUUAUGUAUGAUGAUUUAUUCAUGUCGGGUUUUAUUAUGGACCAACUAUUUAUUGUAAUAAUUUUUUCACACAUGUAACAAUUAAAUAAUGUAUUUUCUAGAAUUUAAUCAUA